AUGCGACUUCGACAGGUGGCGGAGUGUCUCUUAGCGACGGUGUUCUCUGUGCCACCCACCACCCAGUCUUCACUCACGUGCUUUGCCGUGGGUGGGAAUGAUGUCGUGUACAGUGGCUCUGCAGACGGCACCCUCGUUUCAUGGUCGCUGAGGGAUCCAUUUGAGUUUGCCGGGAAAAUUGGCCAACACACUGGGGAAUUAGCAAACAUGGUCCUCAUGGGUGACGACCACCUUGUCUCGGUUGGCCCAGCAUCUGCCGUGGUGCAUGUUUGGCCUCUUGGAAAGCGACGAGCUACGCAGGCGCCAUUUGCCCUCUUGGGUCACACAGGCGGGGUGCUUAGUUGCCUCUGUGUUUCCAGCCUAUGCGGCGGCGGUGGACUCCUUUGGACUGCUGGGGAGGAUUGCUUCAUUCAUGUGUGGGACGUAAACGACCCUGUACAUCGUGACUGUCUUCUCACCGCUGCCGAGGCGGAGGCGGAGGGUGAGGGUGAGGGUGGGGGGGCGCUGGGCACUCGCUCUUCCUCGUCAGAGGAAGAGGAAAAGGAAGAGACUAGGGUGGAGGCGGCAAUGUCUCGGGAAAGGGGAGACAACUCUCUUGAGGUCAACUCCAUGCGGAUGCUCGUUGGGCACAAGGAACCUGUGGUUGCACUAAGUGCGGCCUCGGGCCUUGUCUUUUCCUGUGAUAGCUCCGGAUUGCUGCUGGCGUGGAAUCCACACCGGUAUUGGCUGCUGCAUGCCUUUACCGUGUCUCAAGGUGCGCCUUUACUGCAAUCUUUAUCAAAGGCUCCUUCCGACAGGUAUGCCCCUGACAAGGCCGAGGUGGUGCGU